GAAUCACUACUCCCACUUCCCAAGGCCACCGACUUGCCUUUUCGCACGAACAUCGAUGCCGGUAACAAUUUUACCUAAUGAAAACGUAUGGCGGUGUUACACCAGGGAAAAGUCUGUCCCAUUUAUCUAUCGUUGCAUUUCAAGCUCCAGCACUUAGCUGACACAACUGUCCCUACGACCACGCCGAGUGGACGCCGGCGAGUUAAAUAAGAGCCAACCUUGACAGCAAUAGUGAAAAGCCCAAUUUUUUGUUUGGUGAACUUUUUACAUCAGGAGCUUAGUGACGGCUGCAUGCACUUGGUUUGCUCAUUUGAUGUUCUCUGUGUCCUGAUUGGCCAUUUAAAAACCGCUGUAGUUGAGUCUAACAAUUUAAGUGUAGCGUUAGUAAUAAUAAAUUACUAAUUGAGAUUAAUUGCAUACCCUAUUUGCAGGAUCACUAUCGCACAUUCACGAAUAGCGAGAAAAAUUUCCCGAACCCCAAAGAAAUCUUUGAUACUUUGCAUGAGCAGGGCUUCAAAUGCAGUAUCAACAUCACACCCAUAAUCAGCUGUAAUGUUGAUGAAAAUGGCAAGAACAGCCCGUACAAAGCCUUGGACACCGGCAAAGAAGACGGAAUCUUUAUAAUGAAUACCCGUGAAGAUGGCAGUGGCACCCAUGACCCAUACAUUGGAAACGUCAACUAUGGGGGUGGUCACCUUACAUGGGGACACUAUCCUGACCUGGGACGGAAGGACGUACAGAAGUGGUGGGGCGAGCAGUACCGUGACCUGUUGGAAUGGGGGUUGGAUUUUGUGUGGCAAGAUAUGACCACACCUGCGAUGAAGUCCAGCGUUCAUCAGCCAGACUGUCCAUUGUUAUCUUUUCCCAUGGAUUUAAUGCUUAGUCAUAACGAAGAAUCCAGGACUGAAAACGCUAGCGAUGCUGAAGACAAGGUACCAUUUGCAAAACUUCGCUGCUUGUAUAGUGACAACCUCUGUAAAGCCACCUACCAGGGACUGGAAAGUCUAAAGCCAAACGAACGUCAUUUUAUCAUCACACGGGGCGGCUUCGUCGGCAUUCAUCGCUAUGCUGGACUGUGGACAGGUAUGAACCUUAUGAACCUCCAUUGAACCUACAUAAGCCAGUCAUGUAGCAGUUCUGGUAAAGUCACAUCAUUGGCUUGCUUUACGGUGGUCCACAACUGUCACGGCAAAACAAAAAGUCACGGCACUGCAAACUUUACUCACGGCAAGACAAUGUUAUCUGACAGCAAAACAAAAUUAACCCACAGCAGAACACUAUUAAUUCACGGUAAAACAAAAUUGUUUUUGAGUUGAUAAUUCAAAAGAAUUUUACUUUCACACGAGGUUAGUUGGGCCAAUUUUAAUACCAACAAAGUCAUUUUUAAUUGGCAACCGUUUAUGAAUAGGGUCUGUAAAAGGGCAGUGAAUUACUGCCGGACUGAGCAGUUUGUCCGACUUCUCACGUGCCUAUCGUUAUUCGCAACUAAAAGAGGUGCAAAUACGAAUACUUUAGAUUAAGAAACGUACCUUUACCAGAGCCUUUGCAAAAGUGGACAUUUUGAUCGACCAACGAUCCACAAGCGCUGCAAAACAUCAUGAGCUCGAGAUAAGGGACAUUGCACUAAAAGAGGGUUCACAAUAGG